AGCUCCCGCACUCUCUCACACAGUGAAGCAGGGGAAACAUCUUUAGCUUAUAUGUGAUCUACAUUAAGGAGUGACGGACGGGAACAUGGCCUGUAUCAGACUUUUGCUUUCACUAGGGGUUUCUGCCUGGAUGGUUGUAGCUGCAGAUGAAGAAUCACUGGCUAAGGCAGAUAAUGUUCGCUGGGUUUCCGUGGACUUUAAGACCGUCCUCACCUGGUCAUACAAGGAGUCAGACCAACUUCUUCAUGGGUUCACUGUGCAGUACUCCAGAGACGGUGGCGACUGGAUGCAAAAUCCUGACUGCAUCGAGAUUCUUUCCACAGAGUGUGACUUAACCGCUUACCUUGAUCCGCUGGACAGGACCUACUCUGCUGACAUUCAAACGGAGCACAACGAAGACCUGGAUGAGUUCACACACACACUCGCUCCUGAUUUCAACCCAUACAGAGAAAGUGAGAUCAGCCAUGCAAACUUCACAGUGGAGUCUUCGGUAAAAGGCAGAGUGACUGUGGUGAUCGAUGACCCUUUGACCAGCAUAUAUGAAAGAGGGAAGCAGCUAACAAUUAGAGACAUUCUCAAAAAUGACCUCAAGUACAAGAUCAGCUACUACAAAUCUGGAAGCACAAGGAAGAGAGAUAUGAUAUCGGACUCCAGCACAGCUGAAGUUUUGGGGCUGGAUGAAGGUCACAGCUACUGCUUCAUGGUGGCUGCCUACAUCCCAUCCAGACCCACACACACGCAGCAGGGAGCGUGGAGCACACAGCUGUGCACACCUGGACAGUCGAUUGUGUUAGACAUGAGCCUUGGAGUUCUGCUUGGUACACUCUUUGUACUGUUCAUCUUCCUCUGCAUCAUCAUCAUUGUCAUAGUCCUCUGGUGCAAGUGGCGGAAGCAACGACCCCAGCAGAUGGUACACACCUCCACCGUGGUCGACACGGAGGCGGCCAUUAGUUUCAGCAGGUGAGGAUUUUCUCGGCUCCAGUCAUUCUUGGUGAAGCUGGUGCCGUUUGAACAUAGCCAAGUCUGCGUGUCUCAUGAAGCUGGACUUUCGUUUGAUCUUUGUUCAUAUUUACUCCCAUCCCGAUGAAUGAAUUAAUUUGUGACUGUGCAUGUUGCGGGUAUGUGACUUCUGUAGAGAUCUUUGGUAAGCACCGUAAUUGUCUAUUCAAGCUCCAACUUUGGCUUUAUGAAUGUGAUUGUUUGCAACAACAAAAAAACGCUCCCUUCUCUAGUAAUCUUCUCAAGCACAUUAUGUACUACAAUUUUUUAAUAGACUGAGUGAUGUAGUAUAUCAGGGAAAGUGUCUAUUCUAUUCUGAAAGGUGCAGAGAAAUAAAUUAAGAUUUCUAAAAACCCUGCAGGGGUGGUCGUUUUCAAUUUUCAAACUCUCCGCACUUGUUUCAGAUUAGAGGAAAGAAGCUAUGAAUGGCAAUGUAAUUUUGGAGCAUUAGAGUGACUUGCAGUAAGUCUGGAGGAAACCGAUGGAUGUUGAUGGUGCAGGGGUCGAAAUAUUCAUUAUAUUACCAGCAGUUUUUCUUGUUUUGUAACUAACUGAUGUCCCAUUUGUCCAGAUGUGUAGAUCUUCCAUGAGCUCCGAUGCAGACAGGUUUUCAACACCUUAAAAAUCAAAACAAGUUUUUGCUUCAUGCCUACAAUGUGUAAAAAGCUCUGAUUGGGACCAAUGAUCUCAGUCAACAGCAAACAGUAAAUUUACUUCAGCAUAAAUGAAAUGACACUGGUGGCAUCAGAAACGACUUGUAUUUUGUCAUGUUUCCAACACAGUAACACACAUAUCACAAGUUAUAAUCGUCACAAGAUAACCAGGGGCAGAUGGCUUAACAGCAGGAUGGGCUUAACUAUGAGUGAUGGAAACCUUGGCUUGUAUUGUGAGUGCACACACAUACACACACACACAUCUAUUCAAACUAAUGUAAACAAGUGCAUGUUUACUGGUGUAACGACAGGAUCUCUGCUUCAAAGGAAUAUGUACGUUCUACAGUUUUUAAAGUCUGGUAAACACUGACCACUUUUUUCAUCACUUCAGAACUGAAACCAAUGAAAGAAAGAUGUUAGACUGCAUCUCUUCGGUAUUCACUUCUUCAAAGAGACAAUGAGUUUGUAAUGAGAACAGGUCAGAUCUGAAUCAUACAAAUAUGAGUAAAUAUUGAUUGAGAAAUCAAUGACACAUGGCCAUAUGUGUGCUGCGUAACAGGAUGAUACUGAUAACAAAGUAAAGGUUUGCUCAAGAGGUUCACAGUGCCAUGUAAAGAAAAGAGGUAGGCCUGAACUGACCGUGUACAGUGAAGUCACAGAGUCCACAAGGGACAAACAAUGUUGGCGGUUAACUUGUCGCAUAUGACUACUGCAGAGCUGGGUUAUGGUUAGGGUCAUUUGUAGAUAUACCCCAGCACAUUCAAAUCACCGGUAUCAUCUCACAGCAUUUCUAUCAGCCACAGUGAGUCAGCCUACUUGGCCUCAAUCAUGUGCACCAUCUGUAGUCAGACCUGUUGGAUAACACUGACAUUACUGAGAUCAGACACGUCAUUCCAAAACUCAUGCAUGACAGUAGGUCACUGCGCAUGUUUUCAUCUGAAAACCCAUAGUUAGCUGCUCUAUCCUGGACAUUCUCUCCUCUCCUUGUUGCCAUCAGGCCACCAGUUCCAUCGCCUAUGAACUAACACUGAGAGGAAGAGAAGAAGGUUCUUCCCUCAGGUCAUCCGUCUACAGAAUGAAGAGUGUUGUCUCUUUCAUACAUGCAAACGCAUGUGCACACUCACCUUUUUACAGCUUUAUUUUUUAGUACUUAGUAUUCCAUUGUAUUUUUACUUCUCUGUACGGCACUCUAUGUUUAAAACUGCCCAACUGGAGCAGGGACAUAAAGAAUUUCACUUUCCACUGUACAGUGUGUAUUGUGUGUGUGACAAACAUCUUGAACAACUGUCACUAGAUGCCAAAUAAACAAGUUAGCUUGUUUCAUAAGUGUUUCAUUCAUUGAAAUCAUUAUUACUCACUCGCACCUUUUUUCUUGGUCAUUUCUGUCUUGGUCUUCUGUGGAGUGCUGCUCUCGUUCUAAGUCUGCCUUUACAGAUUAUUCUACAUCCCCAAACAGGUUUCUCCCAAACCAAUCCCCACUGCUGUCGCUUGUGGUCCACCCUUUCACUACUUCCCAUCCAGUUCGACAUACAUGAUCCAAUCACUCAUCAUCCUCAACUCUUUUUUCCCCUCAUCCAUUAACAGAUCGGAAAACUCCUUUUCUUUUUCAGGAAGUUGCCUCUCCUGAAGAAGCUUACUCAAAUGUAUUAGAAAUGUAUUGGAGCAUCAGGCCUCUUAAGAGUGAGAGGCAAGGACAAGUGUGCUAUUAAAACUCGUUGUUGGCCUGAUGAAUUUGUUCCUUCAGAUGUGAUAUACUGUACAACAAGUGACGGGUUCAUAAAGCUUCAUGAAACAGUGUCCUUAUUUACAGUGCUCAGUAGAUGGCGCUGUAGGUUUAAAAAUAACGUGACGUUUCAUUGAUUUUAGAGAGUGCCACUGAAAAUGGGUUACAUGAAGAUAUAUAUUUAUGUAAGCCCAUCUCUACUGGUAACCACAGCACACUUUUCACUGUAUUUACUAUUCAGGCAGCAACCAAACCUUUCUCUAAUGUAUUAUGGGGGAAAAGUUUUUCAGUUAUUUAAAAAAAAACACAAUACAAGAAGAUGACCAUAUUGUUGUCGGAUCAGCUGGUCCCAGCUUUGGUCUGAAUUCCAUUUUAAUCUUCACAGCGAAAGUAUUAUUGCCAUUAAGAUGUUGAUUCUUUUCUCCCCAAUCGUGCCUCAGCACCAUUCGUUGUGUUCUACAGGGAUGGAUAUGAUCUCACUUCAGGUCGAUGCCCUGAUUCUGGAACUUCGCUUUCUCCUUUGCCUGUAACACACAUAACACAAUGAUUUGAGUCACUCGUUUAAAAGCAAAACCUUGGCUGUACAUCACGCUAAAUGUCGAGAAUGGCAGGAUGAUGAGAAGAGGUUAUUUAUGGCUGAGUGCUGAAUCCAUCAUUUUGGGUCUGAGCUCUGCGGAGACGCCAUGCUCAGGAAACUAGCUAUCUUCUUUCAUCAGCUCAUACAAGGUAGGGCCACAGGA